AUGAGUCAGCAGAAUGAUACGCUGGCCAAUAAGGUCAUAAAAUCAGAGGCUGAAUUAAUAGAGGAGGACAUGAACCUUAAUGAAGAACGAAAAGCUCCUUUACGAAACAAAGAUUUUACCACCAAGCGUGAGAUGGUUGUCCAGUAUAUUUCUGCUACUGCCAAAUCUGGAGGGCUGAAAAACAGCAAACAUGAAUGCACCUUAUCUUCACAAGAGUAUGUUCAUGAAUUACGAUCUGGUAUUUCAGAUGAGAAACUUCUUAACUGCCUUGAAUCUCUGAGGGUUUCUUUAACCAGCAAUCCUGUCAGCUGGGUUAACAACUUUGGCCAUGAAGGUCUUGGACUCUUAUUGGAUGUGCUGGAAAAGCUUCUGGACAAGAAACAGCAAGAAAAUAUAGACAAGAAGAAUCAGUAUAAACUUAUUCAGUGCCUCAAAGCAUUUAUGAAUAAUAAGUUUGGAUUGCAAAGGAUUCUAGGAGAUGAAAGGAGUCUUUUGCUAUUGGCAAGAGCAAUUGAUCCCAAACAACCCAACAUGAUGACUGAAAUAGUAAAAAUACUUUCUGCUAUUUGCAUUGUUGGAGAAGAGAACAUUCUAGAUAAACUUUUAGGGGCUAUAACUACUGCAGCAGAAAGAAAUAAUAGGGAACGAUUUUCACCAAUUGUGGAAGGAUUAGAAAAUCAUGAAGCUUUGCAAUUACAGGUGGCCUGCAUGCAGUUUAUAAAUGCUCUUGUCACUUCACCUUAUGAGCUUGAUUUUAGAAUACAUUUAAGGAAUGAAUUCCUACGUUCGGGACUAAAAACAAUGUUACCAGAUCUAAAAGAAAAAGAGAAUGAUGAACUUGAUAUUCAGUUGAAAGUAUUUGAUGAGAACAAAGAAGAUGACCUAAAUGAAUUAUCACACCGUCUCAAUGACAUUCGAGCAGAAAUGGAUGAUAUGAAUGAAGUGUAUCAUCUUCUAUAUAAUAUGUUGAAGGACACUGCUGCUGAAAAUUACUUAUUAUCCAUUCUACAACAUUUUUUGCUCAUCAGAAAUGAUUAUUAUGUCAGGCCACAGUAUUACAAAAUAAUUGAAGAGUGCGUUUCACAGAUAGUGCUGCACUGCAGUGGUAUGGACCCAGAUUUCAAGUAUAGGCAAAGAUUAGACAUUGAUUUCACGCAUCUGAUAGAUUCUUGUGUGAACAAGGCAAAAGUUGAAGAAAGUGAACAAAAAGCAGUGGAAUUUUCAAAGAAGUUUGAUGAAGAAUUCACAGCUCGACAGGAAGCUCAAGCUGAGCUUCAAAAAAGAGAAGAAAAAAUUAAAGAGCUUGAAACAGAAAUCCAGCAACUUCGAACCCAGGGACAUGGACUCUCAGGUUCAUCAGGAAUUCCAGGCCCUCCUCCACCACCUCCAUUGCCAGGUGGUGGGUCAUCCCCACCGCUACCACCUCCACCAGCACCACCUCUACCUGGAGGAACUCCCCCUCCUCCUCCACCUCCUUUACCUGGAAUGACUGGUAUACCACCACCACCACCACCACCUUUGUUUGGGGGACCUCCACCACUUCCCCUUGGAGGAGGAAUUCCUCCUUUCCCAGAAGCAGCACUUGAUUUGCCUUAUGGGAUGAAGCAGAAAAAAAUGUAUAAACCUGAGGUGCCCAUGAAGAGAAUCAAUUGGUCAAAGAUUGAGCCCAAAGAAUUAUCUGAGAACUGUGUCUGGUUAAAAGUUAAGGAGGACAAGUUUGAAAAUCCUGAUCUCUUUGCAAAAUUGGCACUGAAUUUUGCUACCCAGAUAAAAGUUCAAAAGAAUGUAGAAGCUUCAGAAGAAAAGAAGAUCCUCCCUGCAAAGAAGAAAGUGAAAGAAUUGAAAAUUUUGGAUCCCAAAACGGCCCAGAAUCUGUACCUAGGUGUGAUAGUUUUGGACUAUUCACUGGUCACAUUGGGCAAAUCCUUUUAUUGCUAUGCCUUUAUAGUUGAAAACCUUGUAAAACAUCUUCCUGAGCAGAAAGUACUCAGUGAAUUAGCACAGCUGAGGAAUGAAUAUGAUGACCUCUGUGAGCCUGAGCAAUUUGGAGUUGUGAUGAGCUCAGUGAAAAUGUUACAGCCUCGUCUCGAAAACAUUCUUUUCAAGCUCACGUUUGAAGAACAUGUAAACAACAUCAAACCAAGCAUCAUAGCAGUAACGCUUGCUUGUGAAGAACUGAAGAAAAGUGAAAGCUUUAACAGACUUUUAGAAUUAGUUCUUUUGGUUGGAAACUACAUGAACUCAGGCUCAAGAAAUGCCCAGUCUUUGGGUUUUAAAAUCAACUUCCUUUGUAAGAUCAGAGAUACUAAGUCAGCAGAUCAAAAAACAACCCUCUUGCAUUUUAUUGCUGAAAUUUGUGAGGAAAAAUACCGGGAUAUCCUGAAAUUUCCUGAAGAGCUGGAACAUGUAGAAAGUGCAAGCAAAGUUUCAGCUCAAAUUCUCAAGAGCAACCUUACAGCAAUGGAACAGCAAAUUAUUAAUCUGGAACGUGACAUCAAGAAAUUCCCCGAAACAGAAAAUCAACAUGAUAAGUUUGUGGAGAAGAUGACAAGCUUUACAAAGAGUGCCAGAGACCAGUAUGAAAAACUGUUCACCAUGCACAACAACAUGCUAAAGCUCUAUGAGAAUCUUGGAGAAUACUUUAUUUUUGACUCUAAGACAGUGAGCAUAGAAGAGUUCUUUGGUGAUCUCAGCAACUUCCGAACUUUGUUUCUGGAAGCAGUGAAAGAAAACAACAAGAGAAAAGAAAUGGAAGAGAAGACUAGAAGGGCAAAGCUUGCAAAAGAGAAAGCUGAACAAGAGAAGUUAGAACGCCAAAAGAAAAAGAAACAACUCAUUGAUAUAAACAAAGAGGGUGAUGAGACUGGUGUGAUGGAUAAUCUUCUAGAAGCCCUACAAUCAGGUGCAGCAUUCCGAGACCGCAGAAAGCGGAUUCCAAGGAAUCCAGAUAACAGACGAGUACCUUUGGAAAGGUCACGCUCUCGCCACAAUGGAGCUAUCUCAUCUAAGUGAAUCCUGAUGCCAAAGAAUAUGAAAAUAUUUAAGUAAAAGAAAUCAUAUAUUUUGAGAAGAACAAAAUAUCCACUCAAGGGAUAGAGAGGAAAUAAAUGCAUUUCUGCAAGGAUCAAGCUAAGCUGGGUGAAAUAGCAUGUAUUUUUACAGCUAUUGCAAGAUGCUUUCACAAUUAUACAAACACAAUUACAAGGAUUAUAAAACAUGUGUUCCAUUUUAGUGUAAAGAUGUGUAUUGUUAUUGUGUGUGACCUGAUGGUAAUGAUGAAAAGUAUAAGAAAUUCAAAAACAUUCAGUCUGUCAAAAAAUUACAAUGUUAAUCAAAUUGCAGGUCACCCCCCCCCAAAAAAAAGGAAAAGAAAGGACAUAGAAUUAUUCAAUGUCUGCUUCUGAUUCCUGUUACAUAGAAAAAGAAAAGGCCAAUGAAAAUGUGUGUAUUAAUGAUUUGGAGAGGUACUCUGCAAGAGAAGCCAUUUUGGAAACUAAAAAAAAAAGUACUGCUUCAACCCCAUGAAUUUAUUUAGAAUCUUAUCUCAAGUGAAAGCUGAUGGAUUCAUCUGCUUUGGCUGAAAUUAAACUUAUCAUUAAUCUAGAGUUUCAGCAUGAUGUUGCAGGCACUUAUCAUUGCUAAAAAUAAACUAGAGUUUAACAGAAGCAGAGAAAGUGAUUUAAACUUUAUUUAAAGAGGUAUUUUCUAAUUAUGCACAUAUAUCUACUUUAUACAAAUACUUCGUAUGACUAUUUUUUGAGAAAAACCUCACAUUUUAAUGUUUAUUCUGGGAUGAACCUGAAAAUUCUAUUACCUUUAUUAAGAUUUUUUAAAGGUAAAUAUUGAUUCCUAUUCUCUGUGGUUUAUUUCUUAUAUUGCUUCUUUCUCCCAUGACCCCCCAUGAAAGCAGGGAAUAGAGUUUCUAAAAGACCUGAGAGGAAAAAGAUUUCUCUCUGCAGGCAGCAGAAAACUGUCUGAAAGGUCAACUGUUUUAUCUGCCUCUCUUCUCCCCUUUCUGAUUCUGCCUUGGUGGUCUGAAGAAGAAAAAAAUUAUAUGUAUGUAUGUGUAUAUAUGUGUAUAUGUUUAUAUCUCCUACUAUAAUAAUUCCACAUCCCAGUGACUAAGUGAACUUCUCAGUGAUCAUCAUACUUACUUACCUUAUAUUAAUAAAUUAAAAUGAUGCUGCCAAAACAACCCUAGGAGGAAAAACAUGCUCUACAUAUUUCUUAAAUAGAUGAAGGCAUAGAAGUUAUACUUAACUUGUCUAUUACUUUAAAAUAUGCAUUGAAAUAAUGUGGUAUAACUUCUCUGGAGUGUAAUUUUAAAACUAAUCCAUGCAGAUGAUUGUCAUUACUGUAAAAAAUUUCUUAUAUGUAUAUUUCUUAUAUAGAAGAUCCUAUUUCUACUUCUCCAAAGCACACUAUAGACGUUCAGAAAGAACAAACAACUGGCUUGGCAGGUCACCAUUUGAAAUAAUGUAAACAAGUGACCAAUAAUUCAGUCUCCUUUAUAUAGAUGUAUAAUGAUUCAAACUGCUACCUUUUCCUCCAGUGCAUUCUUACUUGGGUAUGAUAUUUAAAAAAAAAUCUCUGAAGCUGCUACAAUAGAGAAAUCAAAAAGACUAACAGUAUCUGAGAUUUUAUGGUUUUAUCCUAUCUUAAGACACACACAUAUGCAUACACAAACAAGUUUGAGGGACAUAUCAAUUUCAUACACUUUUUCUUAACAACAACAACAAAGAUAUACAAAUUUAUGUAAAUAAUUAAUGUGUGUAUUUUUGACUUCACAAAAUCUUUUCUGAAAUCUUCAUGGCACGGCCUGAGUCUUUUGGUAGACUUUCAGGCUGUAGGAAAAUGAUAUUUUGAAAUAUUAACCCUGACUAAAAUUUAGGGGCAUUUGCCAUGCCAUAUUAUGAAGAUGGUCAGAAGAAAAAAAAAAAAAGAUGGUCAGGAUAGAAAUACUGAUGAUACACAGUAUUCACCUCUUCGAAACGUGAACUUGCCUUAUUUUUAAGUUUGUGAAAAGAAAUGAAUGAAAUACUAUUAUUGAUAAAUUAUAUAUUUGUAUUUAGAGAAAUCUCACAUGGUUUUCACAAACAGUAUGGAACCUUUCAGGGUCUUUCAUGAAGUUCCAAUAAUUAAGUUAAAGGUUUUGCUUCCCAGAUUUAUAAUGGUCCUGCUUUAGCCAUUUGCAGUUUUGUUUGAGAUUGAAAAUUAUCACCAGAAAAAGUACAUAGUAACAUUUUUAGUAUAGAACCAAAUUACACUAAAGUCUUUUGUUAGGUUUAUUACUGCCACAGUGAGAAGCACCAUUUUAUGCAAAUUUUCUUCAAAAUGAUUUUUAAAAAUACAAAAUCCUUAGAAUGUUUAGUAGUUGCAUUAGUUUCCUUUGGCUGCUGUAACAAAGUACCACAAACUUGGCUUAACACAUCAGAAAUGUAUUCUUUCAUGGUCCCUGUGGCAAAAUGUCCAAAAUGAAGGGCUCUGCUCCCUCCAAAGUCUCUAGAGGAAAAUCUUCCCUUGCCUCUUCCAGCAUGUAGUGGCUAUUGGCCUUCCUUGGAUUAUGGCUACAUCUGUCUCUGCUCCAUCUUCACAUCACUCUCUCCUCUGUGUAUCUAAUCUUCCUAUGCCUCUCUUAUAAGAUCCUUUUUCCUAAUAAGGUUCCAUUUACAGGUUCUGGGAGUUAGGAUGUGGACAUACCUUUUUGGAGGCACCCCCCCCAGCCCACUACAGUCUGCCCUCUGGCCCCCAAAAUUUAUAUAUGUCCCAUGUGCAAAAUAUAUUUACCCCAUCUCAACAUUCCCAAAAGUCUCAACCCAUUACAGCAUCAACUCUAAAUCUAAAAUCUCAUCCAAACAUCAUCAGUUCAGUAGUCCCAAAUCCCAUCAUCUAGAUCAUCUAAAUCAGGUAUAGAUGAAAAUCCUGGGGCAAAAUUCCUCUCCAAAUGUGAAUAAAUGAAGCAAAACAAGUUAUCUGCUUCCAAAACACAAUGGUGGAACAGGCAUAGGGCAAGAGUUAUAGACAUUGCUAUUUCAAACCAGGGAAAAUGGAAAAUAGAGAGAAGUCACAUGGCCUGAUGACUUUCAAAAUUCAGCCAGGCAAAAUCCCCCUAGGUUUCUUGGCCUGACAAUCCUCCUUGUUUCAGGACCCCACCCUUUAGGCCUGCAGUUCUGGCCUCUUGGCCCAUGGAUCAAGUCUGUCUCUGUGCCCAUGGUUUGCACUUCUGCCUCUGCUCCCCUGCUUGGGCCUCUGCCUCUGUACCUGCAGUUCUGCUCUAAGAAUGACCCUUUAUAUUGAAGGGUAGCACAUGUUUGCAGCUUUAUCAUCCUGUUUCUUGCCUGUGAAACUUUGGUAGUCUGACAACUUUCUCUCAUUUUGUCCUGUCUCGAUCCUUUUCAGGCCAAGCUAGAACUGUUUCUCAAAAACUUUGUGGGCCUCCCAUGCAUGUCAAAUUGAUUCAAUAUUGAGAUAAGAGUCCUCACAGAUCUUUGCUGGAUAAUGCCAUCUCUAUUCUUGGCUUCUGUUGAGAUGAUCGAGUGGAUCCGUGAGUCAAUGCCUAAUCUCUUCAACACAAGCCAGAGGUUGGCUUUAUCUCCAGAGCACACUAUCCUAAUAGUGCAUCAGCUAAUUUUAGCAUCUUUUGGAAUCUGAACAGGCUCAAAAUUUCCUGAAUUACCAAGUGCUGGUUCCUUUCUGCAUAACAAUUAUUUCCUCAAUUUACCUCUUUCUUCUUGUAUUUUACUGUAAGCUCAAGAAGAAAAUGAGCCCUACCUCCAACACUUUGCUUGGAAAUCUCAGCUAUUAGAUAUCCAAGUUCAUCACUUACAAAUUCUACUUUCCAUACAACUGUUGGAAACAAUUCAGAUAAGCUCUUUGCCACUAUAUAACAAGGAUCACCUUCCUUCUAGUUUCCAAUAAAAUGUUCCUCAGUUCCUUCUGAGCUCACCAGAAGCACCUUUAACAUUCAUAUUUCUAAUAGCAGUGUAUGUUUUUUCUAUCAAAUGCCUCACAGUUCUUCCAGCCAGCACCCAUUAUCCACUCCAAAGCCACUUCCACAUUUUUAGUUAUUCAUUAUAGGAGUACCUUACUUCCUGUUUCCAAAAUCUGUAUUAGGUUCCUGUGGCUGCUGUAAUAACAAUACACAAAACAUGGUAGCUUAACACAACAGAAAUUUAAAUUGAGUCCUAAAUUGAGGUCUUGGCAGGUCUGUACUCCCUCUGGAAGCCCCAGAAGAAAAUCUGGUCCUAGUCUCUUCAGUUUCUUGUGACUGUCAUUCCUUCCUUGGCUUGUGGCCAAAUCUCUCUCUGCUCUGUUUUUACAUUACUUUUCCUUUUGUAUAUCUAAUCUACCUCUGCCUCUCUCUUAUAAGAACACUUGUGGCAUUUAGGACCCACCUGGUUUAUCCAUAAAAGUCUCCUCAUCUCAGUAUUCUUAACUGAAUUACACCUGUGAAGACCCUUUUUCCAAAUAAUGUAACAUCACAGGUUCCAGGAAUUAGAACAUGGGCAAAUUUGGGGGAAGCCAUUAUUUAGCUCACUACACUAGUCAUUGCACAUAAAUGUACUUUUCACUUUUUAAAAUGUGUUCUUGGUGCUUAAGCCAAACUCAAGGUUUCCUCUAAAAAGCUAUUGUUUGUACAGGCUAUGCAUGCUUUGAUGUUAAAUAGCUGAACAGGCUAUUCCAAAAUUUGGUUGAUACUUUUGCUACUAUGGCCAGUGCUUAGCUUGAAAAAAUAAUUGGUUCCAACUCUGAGCUCUGGUGUUUACCUUCUGCCCCUUUUAUGGAGUCUUUGACCAAAUGUCUUCUGUGAUUUAUAAUGCAGGCAUAAAACUACCUCUGAUACAGAAGGGUUCUUUACAAGCUGACUUUAGAUAUUGUGAAUCCCUCAGCUGAAGGGAGAGGUGACAGCAAAGCCUGCUUUGAAUGGGUAUUGAGGGAGACUGCCCAUACAAGACACCCAGAAGAAGUAUUUCAGUAGCAAUAGAACUGUGGAUUCAUGCUCUCAUUUUGCUUCAGAUUAACCACCUGUCUCUUCACAGGACCAAGAAUGACUUGCAAUCUAUAUGUAAUGCAUACUCACUUAUUAAAUAAAGUUAAGAUAAUACAUUAAA